AUGUCUAAAAUUCUUGCCAUUUUUGGGGCCACUGGCCAACAGGGCAGCUCGGUCCUGAACCACGUGGUGAACGACCCAGAGCUGUCGCAACAGUACAAAAUCCGUGCUAUUACCCGCGAUAUCAACUCCGAGAAGGCCCAACAGUUAAAGCACAAGAACAUCGAGGUUGUGGAAGGCGACGUGACAAGCUCAGAUUCUCUGGCGAAAGCCUUAGCUGGUGUCCAUACUGUUUACGCCAUGACCACCCCGAGCCUUGGUGCUGAUGCGUUCGAUGUCGAGCUCGGUAACGCGAAGCGAAUCGCCGAUGUCGCUGUCCAACAAAAUGUGAACUAUAUUAUCUGGAGCACCCUACCUGCAGUUCGCGAUAUCUCCAAGGGCAAAUACGCCUCCGUUGUUCCAUUCGAUGCCAAGGCCGCCGCUGAAGAUUACAUUCGCACUCUUCCGAUCAAGAGUGCUUUCCUUUCGCUAGGCUCUUUCAUGGAGAAUCUCUCACAGCAGCCAGCCAUGGCCCCCAAGCAGAUUGCCGACGGGACCUAUGUGCUUUCUCGCCACACAUCUCCCCAGCAACAGUUCCCCAUGCUUGACGCUGUCGGUGACACUGGCAAGUUUGCGGGCGCGAUUCUUGCCGACCCCGAGAAGUUCGAUGGCAAGGUACUUCACGCUGCCACGAGAUUGUAUACCAAUGAGGAGAUCACGGCGCUUCUGUCGAAGAGUUCCGGAAAGACCAUUGUCUACCGACAGAUCUCCACCGAUGAAUUCAAGGCAAGCUUGCCUUUCUUCCAAGAUGUUUUUGCGGACGGAUUCAGCUUCAUGGAAGAGUUCGGGUACUUUGGUCCUAGUACGGAGACAUUGGUUGCUGAGGCAGCUGCCGUCGCUCGGGGUAAGCUAUCAAGCUUUGAGGAGUACUUAGAGAGACACCCAUUUCAGCUUUCAUAG